AUGCCCGGAGAAGUCUUACAAUAUGAUAGUCUGAAAACUGUUUUACAGCAUAUGGACCCUAAUUUAAGACUUUGUCUAUCCCAACGUAUUCCAGCAAUUCGUUUCGCCGAAAAAGCCGUGCCUCUCAGAAUCAAUUAUCUUGAGUUUACUGAUCUUGGAGUCACCGUCAAUGAUACAUCAUAUAAUCUAAGUGUCUAUAGAGACUUUCAUCCAGGCGAGGAAGUCGCUGAUCAAUUUCAAAGGGAGAACUAUAAGGGUGGUGUCCUAUGCGAUCUAGAUCAGUACGGUUUUCGAGUUCCAAUAAAUAGGUCGGACGUACUAACAGGAGAAAUUGUUUUCGGAGAAGUGAUCAAUGAAAAUCGUAAUUUCCGACCAAAUCUACUCCCUUUCUUUCCGUGGACUCACCAACAAAACAAUGAGAUAACGAGACGCUACUAUGAGAAACAUCUGGAAAUAUACCAAUUAGCGUUAACUAGACGUUUGGAACGUUUACGAAACGGUGAAGAAGAACCAAGACCAGUGAGAGUGCGUCUAUUGAUGACCCCAGUCUUCACUGACGACGAAUUGCAUAGAAUGCAUGGCUCAGUUAUCCAAGAACUAACUGCAGAGGAAUUGGAAUUGAAACUAGCCGUUCUCAAUAACAAGUCUACCUGCUCACUGGAGAGGACAAUCACUCGUUUGCGCUAUUCUUUUCAACCGUUUGACUGCCUACAUAACAAUAGAGCACUUCCCUUCACCCCAUUAAUCCAACUCACAAUUGGAAGGGAAGAUCAAGAAAAACGAAUCGAACGUUAUCCAUACACCAUGAAGCUGCACGAAGCAAUGAGGAAACUCAACCGGAUGAUGUUUGGAGGACGGAGUUCAAUUGUGCACGUCCAGAAACUUUCAUUCGAUCUUGAAAGCAUGGUGCUCCGAAUUCCUGAAGGAUUGAAAAUUCGAGUGGGAAAAUUGAAAUUCUCGGAAAACGUGAAUGCACGCCUCGAAGCGUUGAAUAAUCUGAUCGAUGAAUCGAGCUACCCCUUGCAAUCACUUAUGAUUUCCGCCGGUGUAGGAGAAGUUGAUCAUUUUGCCCACCCUAUUUUAACAAAUGCUAAGCGAGUCUAUCUGGAAGGAUGGCGUCCAGAGGAGCUCACUCCUCUACUAAACUUGAGAAACGAAUAUGUCUUAUUUAAUUACAGUCGUACUCAUCGUUUCACUACUGUGAGACUUUUUGCAUUCGUUCAAAAUACACUCACUGCUGAAUAUCCUGUUGGCACUUAUCGAUUAUUCAGAAUUUUGCGUGAACAGUAUAUCAAGGAUCUAUUGAAUCAAGUUGAGGAACAAUUCAAUGCAAUUAAAACAGAGAACAGAGCUACUAUUCCAAUGGGAAAUAGUUGUAAUCUAGUAGUUUCUUACAAAGCUAACUCAGAUCAGUGGAUUCUCUCGAUGGAAGUUGUGUCGGUUUGA